GGCUCGGCGAUCUGUGGCAAACGCUGGCCGACUUCCGUGCCGACAUCAUGAUGACCAAUUUUGUAGUGUCGUGGAUUCUGGUGUCUGCACUGUUUGUAACGACCGUUCUGGGUUAUGCCGACAUCGGAUUGACCAGUGGAAAAGCCAAAUUUCAGGGUUACCUCGAUAUGAGGCGUUUUGUCCUGACUGGCAACUACACCGUUGAACCAGAUAUCGAUUCGGGCGUCUUCUCCGUUGACCUGAUGGAAUUGUCCGAAACUGCACAGGUGGUCCUUUUCACCAAAGCCAACGCAUCCGGCAUACAAUGGAGAGAUCCUUGCGCGGAGCCCAGUCACUCAGACCCGAACAUCCUGAGGGUCUACACAAACCAAACCGAAGUCCACAGUUCUGAUGCUCCAGACGUAUACCAAGUAAACUCGAAUACUGUGCUUUGUUUCAUGAUCAUCAAUGAGCUCAAAUUUGCAGAUAUGGGGUUAAUCAAAUUUAGUUUUAAAGAUAAUGGAAAAACGGGGAGGAAGAGUUUCUACCGUUUUCCGACGGAGGGACCUUUUAGACCAAAGGCGUUUGAUUACUACUCGUUAAGGGCAUGUUACCAUCUCCGCUCAAAACAGUCAUCCAUGGCCAUCGACUAUGUCAAUCGAAUGACCGAUAAAACCUAUCUGGAUCGUGUUGGUAUAAGUUCUGGAAAGAUAAUUCGAGAACGAUAUCGCAACGACUGUCGAGGCUCGCGUUGCGCAUAUGCAAACGUAACACGUUAUUUCCACCUAAAAACAGUUACUGCCCAGACUCCUGGGAACUUACAACAAUGGCCGAUAAUCGUAAAUGGUACUGGCGUGUGCUUCCACUUUGAAGGCCUUCGAAUAGUUAAAGGACAGGAUCGACCACCACCUGUUACACUAUUCAAGAUUUCAGAGUUUCCUUUUUGUCAUGGGACUAUCUCUAGCAGUGAGGGUGGAGUUUUAGUAAGUCCGGGCUACCCGAAGCAUCGUUACAAGAAGAACUUGUCUUGUACCUGGACUAUCCGAGUUCUCCCUGGCCAAACCAUUUCCGGAGUGUUUGAAGAUGCCGAGAGCGACUGCAAUAACGAUUUUGUCCAACUCGAUGGCCUCGAAGGUGGGAGGCGAGCCGCAUGUGGGCCAUCCAUGACUUCACAACAAUUCUUGAGUGAAACUAACACCAUGACUUUGACCUUUAAGACAAACAUAUACAAACAACUGAAAGGAUUCCUCUUUCGCUUUGACGCUGUUGGUUGUAGCCUAAGGAACCUAUCAUUUCCCCCAAAUUCGGUCAUAUUGAAUAAAGAAAAGGUUGGCGUCAUCAAACCUGGAUACACACUGCGGGUUGGAUGUUUAUCUGGUUAUGUGUUUGCGGGUGGAAGUGAUGAGGCCAUGUUAACGUGCAUUGCUGAUCGAACGUGGAGUGCCGGGAUCCCGUUUUGUGUCAAAUAUCCCAGUUGUGACCUAAACCUCACUGAGCCCAUAGGCUCCCUUUCGAGCCCUGGAUACCCCGGGUUCUAUCCGAAGAAAACCGCAUGUGCUUGGACAAUCAGGGCUAAGUACGGGCAGCGUAUCAAGCUUCGACUGAACCACAUCCAGAGCGACUGUGAAAAUGAUUACAUCAUUAUCGGUGGGUUGUUGCAGUCUGCGGGUAACGUUACUGCUUUGAAACCGAAAACGGCGUCGCCCCGCAACUUGCUGAUCUGUGGACAGAAUGCCCAACAAGGGUCAACUUAUACUUCUCAGGCUCAUGAGAUGACUGUGCGAUUCAAUUCUGGCCUCUACAAGGGAGAGGGAUUCUUUAACAUGACUUACCAAGCUAUCGGCUGUAAAUAUAAUUCGAUCAUACGUCCUGCAAGGUCAAAGAUCACCAACAAAGCUGAUUUCUAUCCGACUGGGUACAGACUUGAGGUGGAAUGCAACAAUUUGUAUCGCUUCCCGAUAGGAAACAAAUCUGUGGUGUUGACGUGUAUGGCGACUGGCAUCUGGAAAGGAAGAGUCCCACUCUGUGUCAGGUCCCUUGACGGUCGCCAGACGUGAUGACGAAGCGAAAGAAAGGGAAACGAAAAGGACUAGUGGGAAAUUAUGAAGAAUAUAUAUUGUGCUCUAGGUUCUGACGAUCAAAUGAUAUAGACUAAGAACCUGAGUUGUGUUAUCAUAAACACAUGUGCCCCAGUUGACACGGUACUAAGAAUAUUGUGCUUUUAGCAAGAAUAAAUAAUAUAGGAAGCAAUCAUGAUC